GCCUUUUCUUGCAUUUCUAUUCCUUGCCUCCCUGUUCCCUCGGCAUAUCAAUAUGCCUAUCGAUUAUCACGCAGAAUAUGCGCUGCUGCCGGCGCAGACCCGUACUGCGGCCCUCGGUUAGCGCACCUCCCCCGUCUGCCUGCUAGAGAUUAGGCACCUCCAGUACGCCGCUCAGUUUAUUAGGGAUGUGCUGCUGCCAUAGAUCGACAGCUACAAGUCCCAGCAUGCCUCUGCUAGAUUAACUGGAGGGGCCAGCCAGUGCAUACUGGGAGUUGUGGGGGCUGCCAAUGAUGCCUAGCAAUUCUAUGUUAUAUAUAUGCAGGGGUGAUUUUUGGCUAGAGCAGAAAAGGCAGUGGCUCCUAUCCAACUGCAACACAGGGGCCUUUGCCGGUAAAACACAGAUAAAAGUACAUGAGAGAGUUUUUGCCAGAACUUUCAAGAGAGACCAUAAUGGGCUGUCAGGAAGUCCACGCAGUGACCUUAUUCGCCUUCGUAUGCGGGACAGCCUCCAUCUCGGGGCUCUUUGCUGCCACUCUGCUGCCUCAGUGGAGGCAAAUGAAACUUUACACGUACAACCGGAAUGAGAAAAACCUGACUGUUAGCAUUGGGCUGUGGGUGAAAUGCACACGCUUGGAGUGGAGCAGGGAGUGCAUGAUGUAUGACAUGGAGUGGUACGCAAGCGUGGAUCAGCUGGACAUCCGUGUUCUGCAAUUCGCUCUGCCCUUUAGCAUCCUGACCGCUGCCUCGGCACUCAUAUUGUGUCUGACUGGAAUCUGUAACACUACCUUUACCUCCGGUGUGCCAAACCUAAAGCUUGUCAAAUGCCUCGUUAACAGUUCUGGGUGCCAUCUUGUGGCAGGGCUGUUAUAUAUACUAGCAGGUAUCAUGAGCAUUAUGCCAUCCAUCUGGUCUGUGUUUUACAACAGCGUUCUAAACACCAAGUACGGGCCCUACUUUACUUACGACAUUGCAGUUUUUGUGGCUAUUGGCAGUUCUGGGGGCAUGUUCUUUACUGCUGUCCUGCUGUUUCUGUGGUAUUGUGCCUGCAAAUCUCUGCCCUCUCCAUUCUGGCAGCCCUUGUAUUCCCACGUCCCUAGUAUGCACAGCUACGUGCCCCCGUCCUACCAGUCUCGCUCCCGCAUGUCAGCCAUUGAGAUAGACAUUCCCGUUGUUACACACACUGCCUAACGUUAGCAUGGUAUGCCUGUGCUUAUGGACUUUCAUGGUACACCUCACUUUUGUGUAUAUAUAUAUUAUUUUUUUUGUACAUAUUAGGAUUCCUUCAAUUUGUUUCCACUUCUCUUUUUUUCUUGUGUAACCUGCUAAGGUAGUACUUACAGUAUCCCAACAGUGCUAUGAUUUGUUGAUCCAACUUGGACACAGAUCUAAGAACAAUAACCUCCCUGUAAAUAAUGCCUUAGGAUUACUUAACCUAAAAUACUAGCUGCCCUGAUAUAAAAAUAAAUAGAAAUAUAAAAAAAAAAAAAAAUUUAGUGGGUAAUAUAACAGGAGCAGUGGUUGCUCCAGGUCUAGUAAACCACUAGACCAGAUGUUUGCUUUCUCUGAUUGGCUGCAUUUCUAGAACUGGUGCAGACUUAUUUAUACAUUACCCCAAUACUGUUUAUCAUGGGAGGGUAGAACACACAAUACUUUUUAGCCUUUACAAGCAGACUGUAUUCAUAUGGGAUUUCUCAAAACUGAUCCAAGGGCUUACUCUGAGCGAUAAUUAUAAAAUAUGGUUAUAAAUGAUAAUAUUGCCAACCAUUACUGUGUGUGUGGGCAGCUAUAGCCACAGGACGUUUGGUAGGAAUGGGAAAAUGGUCUCAAGAAUGACUGUGCCAUCUACUCUUGCAUGCUGGGAUUAUAUAAUCCGGGUUUAGGGCCUGUUGGAUUGGCCUCUGCUUUUUAAUGCUAAGUGACUUUAGUGCCAAUUCCCGAUUGGCAAAGGUACAAUAACACUGAAUUAUUUUUUCUUUUGAUGAACUGAAGCAAAAUAGUAAUUGACCUGUAUCUGUAACACUAUAAUACAGCAACACGUUACUUUUAGUAGUGUAAGUUUGUAAUAAGAGUCAGUAUGUAUAUUUAUUGUUAAUUGGAAAGCUUAAUUUUUAUGCAUUUGUAUUUAAAGUUGUUUCAGCUACAAAUAUGAAACUAGCACCCCUCGUUCUCCCUAGGUUGUAGCAUCCAGAACUAGCCAUUGAUUGAGAGAGGAUGCUGGGAAUUAUAGUUUAUCCGUGCUGGAAGACUACCAUCUAUUCUUUAUCUAGUAGGGAUUAUUGUAUAUUUUAUGCUGUGACAAGUGUUUACAGAAGUAGACUAAAUCACUGGUGUUCUGUUUAGUACUGGUUUCUCAAGUGCAUUCCUAUAAAAUGUCUCUUUUCUAUUUUGUUUGUUCUGUUCCAGUACAGUAUAUUGAGCAAAACUGCUGCUAAAUGAAUUGUGUAAUGCACUGUAGAUAAUCUUACGUAUCUGCCUUUAAAUUGUGUGCUUGUAUCAUGCAUUAAAGGCAAACUCAUUUUUGGGGGAAAAAAGCUGAUUAUUUGUGCCUGUGAGCCUAUUUUAUAGAGUUCUAGUUGGGUUGUUCCCCCAAAUAUGCAUUAUUGUAACCUAAUUCUGUAUAGGCUGUAAGAUUUUUAUACUACAGAAUAAUAAUAAUGUGGUGUGUUAUUACUUUAUAUAAAUGUGAAACAUAAAACAGCAUUGCAGUAAAGAGGCUUUGUUUACCUUCCCCUUUCUAGAAUAGAAAUAGGAUUUUGUGUUCUCUUUACAAUACACAUUUUGCAGUGACUUAUUAUUUUUAAUCUACAGUACAUUCCCUUUCUGUAUACUUUUUAUUUACAUAUCAUGCUGCCAUGUGUCAUGUUAUAAGGAUAAUGUCCCACAGGGUUAUUAGUCGCCUGCGGUUAAAUCUGGGCAACAUAUCUACCCAGAAUGCUUUCUUACUGGCUAUAAAGUGAAUCGCUGGGGGCAAAACAUAAGCAGCGCCUCAUUUUCCAAAGUUGUCUGAAGUUUUCUCAGGUGACUUCAGAAAACAAAGUGCAGCAAAUUUUGAGCAGAUAUCGGUCGGUCCCCAUACACACACAGAUAAGCUCGGACACAAGCAAGACAUGGGGCUAGGGUACAUGGUAAAACAGGAUAUUUCCUUCUCUAGACUCUGCAGUAAAACUGCAUGAUGUAUAUAUCUCUCUGCUGCACAUGGCUGGGAAUUGUGCUGCUUUUGGUAUCGAUGUAUUUCAUGUGCUCAGUAUAUAUGUGCACCUUUUAUGACUACACGAGUCCAUUUCUGUGCCACUAAUGGGCUAGUAUGUAAUUAUUACUGUGCUAUUGGCACGCGCUCAAUAAAAACUUUUUUAAUACAU